UACUCACACACAGGGCCAGAUAGUUGAAGCUUACAAUAGGGUGGCUUUGUGGAAAUUACCUUCUAUUUUCAUCUGUGAAAAUAACGCUAUUGAAUGGGAACAUCUGUUGAGAGAGCAGCUGCCAGCACUGACUACUAUAAGCGAGGUGACUUUGUUCCGGGGCUCAGGGUAGACGGGAUGGAUGUCCUAUGGGUCCAGGAGACUACAAAGUUUGCAGCUGCCCACUGCAGAGCUGGGAAGGGGCCCAUAUUGAUGGAGCUGCAAGGCCCACGGUUACCAUGGCCACCGCACGAGAGAUCCCAGAAUCAGUUACCUCCCUCAGGAAGAAAUUCAGGAAGGCGCAAGAGAGACCCCAUUAUGCUUCUCAAGGACAGGAUGGUGAACCACAACAUCACCAGCGUGGAAGGACUGGAGGAAACUGAUGUGAAAGUGAGACAGGAAAUUGAGGGUACAGCCCAGUUUGCUACAGCAGACCCAGAACUGCCACUCGCAGAAUUAGGGUACCACAUCGAUGCAGUGACCCACCUUUUGACAUUUGCGGUGCAAAUCGGUGGAUCCAGGUCAAAUCCAUCCGAAAAAGGCAGCAUGUAGAUAUUUGUGUUUUGAGGAAGAAUAGCGCUUUCAUUAAAACGAUACUAUGAUCUACAUUAAAGGAAUAUUAUUUAUACACCUGGCACUUAAAGGUGUUUAAGAAGUAAUUAGUAAGAAUAUUGCAAAAACGUUAGGUUUAAAGGUCUGAAAUAGGAAUGCUGGUGGUCCACCUGAACUAUCAGCCAUUGAAGCCCCCCACUCACUUUCCUACAGAUUUAUUUCCCUGGAAACCCUGUGGAGCCCCUGAGAUGACUCACAGGCUUAGUUAAGCUAGGAAAGAAAUUGGUAAAGGGCUAUACUGUA